CUCUACUCUUCCCUCUCUUGCAAUCUCGUAGUAGCCAACAGUACACAUUCUGUCUAUCCUUGGAUCAAGGAAACCUAUUUGGGUCUCUGCUCGACAAUCUCGUAUCUCUGCAGUAGCAUUUCUUGAUGAYAUGAGAGCUAAUAUAGGCGAAUCCCUGCACCAUAGGCGUCACAUCUUCUUGCCAAAGCUGGAUCUCUAUGUAUUUUUUUGAUCGUUGAACAAAACCCAAGAAACCGGGGGCUGCGUGGAAUAACAACGAACAUGACUGCGAUGGGGAAAUUUAAGCAUACCCUGCUUAUUUUUGCAUGUCUGAUYACCGCAGCUAACGGUCAAACUUGUGGUGGUGUUGUACAAGGACUAAAUGGAACGAUAGAGAGUCCUGGCUUUCCCCAYGGCUACCCAAACUAUGCCAACUGUACCUGGAUCAUCAUUACAGGAGAACGAAACAGGAUACAGUUGUCAUUUCACACCUUUGCUCUUGAAGAGGACUUUGACAUAGUCUCCAUUUAUGAUGGACAACCGCAGCCAGGAAACCUGAAAAUUAGGUUAUCUGGCUUCAUGUUGCCGUCGCCUAUUGUGAGCACAGGGUCAAUAAUGGCCCUUUGGUUCACAACAGAUUUUGCUGUGAGUGCACAAGGAUUUAAAGCAAUUUAUGAAGGGUAA